AUGGAGUACUUCCAAAGAGAACUCGAUUUAGUAGCUGAGAAUCCUAGAUUCAAAUUCCAUCCUAGGUGUAAGAAACUGGGUAUUAUGCAUAUCUGUUUUGCUGAUGAUUUACUCAUGUUCUGCAAAGCUGAAGUCCAAUCUAUUCAAUUAAUGCAAGAGGCAUUUCACAAAUUCUCUACUGCUUCUGGUUUACAAGCUAACAUUGAUAAGAGUAGUAUCUAUUUCUGUGGAGUCAAGGACACUGUCAAGGCUGAUAUCCUACAAAAUUUGGGCUUUAGUGAGGGCACAUUACCUUUCAAGUACUUGGGAGUAUCUCUUUCUUCCAAAAAUUUUAUAGUUCCUCAAUGUAUGCCUCUUGUAGAGAAAGUUACAGAAAGGAUAAAAUGCUGGUCUGCAAAACUACUCUCCUAUGCUGGUAGGCUGAAACUCAUAAAGUCUGUGUUUUUUGGACUCCAAACUUAUUGGGCUCAAAUAUUUAUCCUGCCCAAGAAGAUAAUGAAACUGGUAAAUGGCCUCUGUAGAACCUUCCUUUGGACUGGUUCAACUGAUAAUUCAAAAAAGAACCGGGUUAUUAGGAAGAUUUUGGAAGCAAGGAAAUUUGUUCUACAAGUAACUUCUCUUCAUGGUGACUUGCAUAGUAGACUUCAAUCUAUGGUCUCACAGUCAAAAUUUUCCAUUAAGAAAAUAUUGGCCACUGUCGAUAGGCUACUGAAAUUUGGUGUUGCUGUGCCCGCUACUUGUGUUUCCUGUGGCUUAACUGAUGAGACAUUACCCCACCUAUUCUUUGACUGCAAUACUACAAAAACUAUCUGGACUAGACUACUGAUAUGGUUGGGCUUAACUAGAACAGUUGGGACUUGGGAGGAGGAAUUAGCAUGGACACUAACCUGGGCAAAGAGAAAGAGUGGGAAAGGAGAAAUGGUUUGCACUUUAUUUGCUUUGGUCAUUGCUUUAGUAUGGAGGGAAAGAAAUAGAAUCAGAUUUCAGAAUGGGAACUUCAGAGUUGAUAUGUUAUGCAGAGAAAUGGCUAUUCACAUUCACACUAGAGGAGCAGCAAGGAGUACAUGGGGUGUAGAACUAUCAAAGCUUCAAGGAUAUCCAUAA